AUGCUCAUAAACAUGCCGCCGCAUAUCAUCUCGACCCUGCCCCGGCUAGUCGCUAUUCCUCUCCUCCUGCUGGCUUGCAGUCUCUUCUUCCUACCACGGAGACAUGACCAUCCAUCAGCCUUCAAUCCCGUCCAUUACCAAGGGAAGAACGUUACCGAGGCAGGAUCUACGUUCGGUGCGGCAGUGCAAGGCUUUUGGCAAGAUCUUGCGUCGGCGCUUCUCGCAGCUCAACCACAAUGCAAACCUCUACAGCUCGUGAAAGAUGACAUUGGCUCGGCGGCCGACUGGAGACCGCUGGAACCAGAAAGAAAGCAUGCUGAUCGACUGGCGGGCUUCACCGACGAUGAUGAGACCGCCUUAUUCCGGGCGCACUAUGCUAUGCGGACAUCGGCGCAACAUCUCGGUUCGAAACUGUCGUUUGCAAAAGGCACCACGGGGAUUGUAACAACAGCCAAUGCUGUGUAUAUGCCCGUCUUCUUGGUGUCUUUGCGUAUGCUUCGAAGAACAGGAUGCAACCUUCCAGUCGAGGUCUUCAUCGACGAUUGGAGCAAGUACGAGCCAAAAAUAUGCGACACCAUCCUCCCCUCAUUGCAGGCGCGCUGCGUCGUGCUGUCAAACGUAUACGACACCGCCGAGUACAUCAAACAGCCGGAUCACUACCAGUACAAGGUGUUCGCGAUGCUCUUUUCCACUUUCCAACACGUCCUCUUCCUAGACAGCGAUACAUUCCCCGUCUAUGAUCCCACGAUCCUCUUCUCAACCGCACCAUACACGACUCACGGUCUCGUCACAUGGCCCGAUUACUGGGCCUUAACCAUCUCGGCGCACUUCUAUCACAUCGCCGCCAUACCUGAAGAACCGUCACAAGCGCGAUUCACCACCGAGAGCGGCCAGCUGAUGAUCAACAAAGACGUGCACCGAGAAUCUCUCCUCAUGAUGGUCUACUAUAACUACUACGGCCCAGACUACUACUACACGCUCCUCUCCCAAGGCAGCCACGGCGCCGGCGACAAGGAAACCUUUGUCCAAGCCGCCAUGGCCGUCGGCCUGCCUUACUACCAAGUCCGCAGCGGCCCGCGCGCCAUCGGCCGCCACAUGAACGGCACCUUCCGCGGCUCAGCCAUUGCGCAAGCCGACCCAGGCCUCGACUACGAAUACCUCACCCCGAUGCGCAGCCACAUCCACCCUUCAGACCAAUGGCAAAACACAGACCUCGCACACCCCGUCCCCGCCGUCGAGAAAUCGCUCAACCGCACGCGCAAAGCGCCCAGACGGCCGCGGCCUGUCUUUCUCCAUCAGAAUAUGCUCAAGCUUGACCCGGCCAAGGUGCUGGUCGACAAGUCGCAGCCGACGUAUGAGCUCGAUGGUACGCCGCAUAGGAUGUGGGGCAGUAAAGAGGACAUGGUGGAAAUGCUCGGGUAUGAUGUUGAGAGGAGGCUGUGGGAUGUUAUUGCCGAGGAGGGGUGUAGGGAGGACCAGGCGAGCAGGACGUGUGGCGAGAUUAGAGGGUUUGUCAGGGAGGUGUUUGGCUGGAUGGACAGUAUUGAUCGGCCGUGGUGA